CUCAGAGCCUUCCUGAUGUAUAUAUGCAGGUACUGAGAAUUGAAUUGCCCUGCGAGACAGUAAUAUAAUAAAACUCUAAUUUGGGGAGCGGCGUUUCUCCUUAUUUGUCUGCUCUAUUGUGGGAAUGAGUUGCCAAUCUUUUACUUCAGCUGAUACUUUUAUACCUCUGAAUUCUGACGCUUCUGCGACUCUGCCUCUGAUAAUGCAUCACAGCGCUGCCGAGUGUCUACCAGUCUCCAACCACGCCACCAAUGUGAUGUCCACAGUCUUGUCCAUUUUGUCUUUGAUUCAAACUCUUAAAUGUCUGCGCACACUUUCCUCGGCAAAAACCCUGGGAAACGCAGCAACAGGACUUCAUUAUUCUGUUCCUUCCUGUCAUUAUGGAAACCAGCCCUCAACCUAUGGAGUGAUGGCAGGUGGUUUAACUCCUUGUCUUUACAAAUUUCCUGACCACACCUUGGGUCAUGGAUUUCCUCCCAUACACCAGCCUCUCCUGGCCGAGGACCCCACAGCUGCUGAAUUCAAGCAGGAACUCAGGCGGAAAAGUAAAUUGGUUGAAGAGCCAAUCGAUAUGGAUUCUCCAGAAAUCCGAGAACUUGAGAAGUUUGCCAAUGAAUUUAAAGUGAGAAGAAUUAAGUUAGGAUACACCCAAACAAAUGUUGGGGAAGCCCUGGCAGCUGUGCAUGGCUCUGAAUUCAGCCAAACAACGAUCUGCCGAUUUGAAAAUCUGCAGCUCAGUUUUAAAAAUGCCUGCAAACUGAAAGCGAUACUCUCCAAAUGGCUGGACGAGGCGGAGCAAGUAGGAGCGUUGUACAAUGAAAAAGUGGGAGCAAACGAAAGGAAAAGAAAACGAAGAACAACUAUAAGUAUUGCUGCUAAAGAUGCUCUGGAGAGACAUUUUGGAGAACAGAAUAAACCUUCCUCGCAAGAGAUCGUGCGAAUGGCUGAAGAACUGAAUCUUGAGAAAGAAGUCGUGAGAGUUUGGUUUUGCAACCGAAGGCAGAGAGAAAAACGAGUGAAAACAAGUCUAAAUCAGAGUUUAUUUUCUAUUUCUAAGGAGCAUCUUGAAUGCAGAUAAGAUUUACUACUGUGCAAUCACCACUUUUUUUUUUGUAUUUUUACUUUUCAUUCCUUUCUGUUCCUCAACAAAAAUACAAAUUACUCGGGUGAUUUUAAAAAUAAUUUUAUGUCAAUGACUUUAGCAGAAAUUUUUCUUUACUACUAUUGUUUUAAAAAGAAUCCAACAAUUUAAAUUAUAUUGGUAAGUUGUUUCACUUAAAAUAAUUAUUCUCAGAAGCCACAUUGUGCAUCUUUGGCCGGUGACUAACAGCAAUGAAAUGCUUUCUCUUUC